AACCCAUGCGUUAUGUCAUAGUUGUACACCUUCUGCCACGUCUUGUACGGCCCGCACCACGAUCCGCCGUUGCUGUCCACGUCGCUGCUCGUCGGCGGGCGGUCGUACUGGCUGUCGUUCCCCAAGAAGUCGCCGUGGCCGCAGUCCAGGUAGUAGAACUCCCACGACGAGACGAUGACCCGGUACCCCGCCGCAGUCAGCAGCUUGGUGUUGUUGGGCCCGUUGUUCCACGUCUGGAACACGGUGUGCUCGGGUGAAAAAACAGCCGGGUUGACUUUGACGUCAGGAGCUAGGAUGACGUCUUCCCAGUACACGGCGGUCUUGUUGUGGGAUGUGAUUAUGGGGAGCGUCUUGUUGAUGAAGGUUUCGAGGAUUUGGCUGAGGGUGCCGUUUUGUUGGGAGAGGAAGGAUUGGAUGGACGGGUCGGCUUUCCAGCAACCCGGGGUGACCUCGUCGGCGCCGCCGUGGAAG